AUGAUUACUCUAGGAAUUUACAGAAGGGCGUUUGCCAGAAGCAUACCAAAGGUCAGACUCAACUCCACAUCAACGUCUGCAAAUGGAUUGUCGUGGGUUGAUUACUUUAAAUUAAAGAAGCAAAAUAAUAGAAUCAAUGCCGUUAGUGGAAUUUUCACAGGUUUGGGUGGAGCCAUGUUGACGCUUACAUAUUUGGGAAACAUUGAAAUUGAUCUUGAAAAGCCCAUGUUUGGCUUUGAUCCACUUAUGGUUAUGGGGGGUGGCGUCAUUGCUGGUGGACUUCUUGGAUACUUGUUGGGUCCAGUGGUGGGGCAAGUUGUGUUUAAGACCUUGAACAGAUCAAAAUUGGCAGCGUUUGAUGUGAGAAAUAGUCAAUUCUUGUCGAAGUUGAAAGUAAAGAGGCCAGAUCCAUCAAGUCAAAGUUUUUCAAACCCAAUACCCGACUAUUAUGGAGAAAGGAUUUAUUCGUUGAAGGAUUACAGACAAUGGUUGAGAGACUGCAAUGCUUUUAGAAGGAAAGCCAAGGAGUUUAUUUGA